AUGACUGAUGAUCAUAUUUUGGCCCUAAUCUGCUCUUCCUCGGGAUUCACACAAAUUCAGGUGAUUUUUUUGGAUUUUUCAAAAAUUUUUUGGAAGUGAUAUUGAUUUAGAUGAUUUUUUUUAUUUUUUUUUGUGAUUUUGACGUUAUUUGUUGGAAUUUCAGUGUCGCGAAACCGAAAUGACCGACCUGGACCUGCUCAUGUCGGGAUGCGUGCGUCCCCUGAGAGGCGGUGGACUGGCCGCCGUCCAAUGCCUCGAAUUCUCGAAAUGCAUCAACCGUCGCAUCUGGAACUUCAACAGCCCGUUGCGCCAGGUGGUCGACGUGUAACUGCAGAAGGACGUAGUGGUCCGAAAAAUCGAAGCCAAACGAACGGCUUCCUGGACCUCCUGGAUUACGACCAGAAGGAGCUGGGCGCACAGUUCAAUUGUGACGGACGGAUCAUGUACGACUGCUUGAGGUACAUCUCGUCCUUGGAUGUGGAAGAAACCAUCAAUCACCCCGUAGGUUUUGAAGUGGAAUUUUGGACAGGUCAAUUUGCCUGGAACUUUUGGGAAAAAUAGGGGUUUUGGGAUAUGUUGGGGGUUUUUUGAUCAAGAUGGAUUGGGCAAUGUGGAGAAUUUUUUGGGCAAGGAGAGAGUUUUUUUGAGCAAAAUGGUUGUUUUGUUUUUGGGCAAGAUAGAUUUUUUGGGCAAGGUGGAUUUUUUUUGGCAAGGUAAGAUUUUUUGAUCAAAAUUAGGAUUUUUUUGGGCAGCAUGGGAAUUUUGGGCAAGAUAGGGAAUUUUGGGCAAGAUGGAAAAUUUUUGGGCAAGCUGGAAUGUGUCGGGGAAAGUUGAUUUUUUGAGCGAAAUGGGAAUUUUCGGGCAGAAUGGGAAUUUUGGGCAAGAUGAGAACUUUUCAGCGGAUUUAAAUUUUUUGUUCGAAAUGGAUUUUUUUACUAGAUGUAAAUUUUUGGGCAUUUUUUUUGCAAAUUUGGAUUUUUUGUACUGGUUGACAUUUUUCGGACAACUUCCUAAUUUUGAUUUCUAUGGGUUAUCGAGUUACAGGUCCCAUUGAAGUACUUUCCUCAUCAUAUAAAAUUACACAAACAUAUGUAAUACAUGUGUUUUACGUUGUUUUCAAUUAAUUUUUUUAUUUUUCAGAGAUGCUCUCUCUCGUCAUUACCCACUACCGACGGUGUAAAAGAAAGAAGCAAAUAUGUAAAAAAAAACAAAAAAUGAAAAAGGCCUAAAAAAAGAGCCAAAAAAAUUUAAAAGGCCAAAAAAAAAGAGCCAAAAAAGAUUGAAAAGGCCAAAAAAAAAUAAAAAAAGGCAAAAAAAAAUAAUAUAUUUUUUGAGAAAAUAAGAUAAAAGCCAAAAAAAUUAAAAAAAGUUAAAAAAAAAAAUGAAAAAAUAAAUAAAAAAAAAUUUUUAAAUUUACCCCUCAUCGUAUAUGAUUUGUCACUAUUUUUUAUUCGCAUGUAUAAUUUAUCACCAUUUUUUAUUCGUAUAUGAUUUAUCACCAUUUUUUAACUACGUAAGUUAUCGUUUUAUACCUUUUUUAGCGUAUUUUUUUAAUCUCAAAUUAUGUGAUCUAUAUUUGCAGAAAAUCAUCCCGGAAAGCAAUGGAUCCUUGGAAAACAACGCAAAUUCAACAGCAUCACUCCCAACUUCGGCCCAGGACGGCACCAUGGCCGAGACUCAAACCAACGACAGAAACAUCAUGGAAUGUAAGUUUUGAUGGCUUUUUUUGGUAGUUGAGGAAAUAUUAGGGAAUUCUUCUUGAGAUUGUUGUUACUUGUUUUUUUGGUUGUUUUUCUAUUUAAUGUUUUUUUAUUUUCAGAUAUUCGGUCCAAUUUCUUUGCUGCUAUUCGGAUGUAA